CGAGCGAACAUGUGGCUGCAAUGCUUGGCUGCAACCGUGCUGAUCGCGGCUACUGCCUCCAAGGAGGUGUUUACCAACUCGUUCCUCGUGAGGUUCAAGAGGUCUGUGGGGCCGGCGGAGGCGCACCACGUCGCGCGCAACCACGGCUUCGAGAGCCUCGGCCCGGUGCUUGGCUCUGACACAGAAUGGCACUUCGCGCACCGCGGCCUUGCGCACGCGCGUCCGCGCAGGUCUAUCGCACACACGCGCAUACUCAAGCAACACCCACUUGUCCACACAGCGGUACAACAGACGGGCUUCAAGCGGGUGAAGCGGGGGUUCCGCCCCCUACGGCUACCGGAGACAGAACCGGCAGCGGAGCCCCGCGAUCCAUACUUCCCCCUCCAGUGGUACCUGAAGAAUACUGGCCAGAAUGGGGGCAAGCCUAAGCUGGAUUUGAACGUGGAAGCUGCCUGGUCCCAGGGGUAUACGGGCGUGAAUGUCACCACUGCUAUUAUGGAUGAUGGCGUGGAUUACAUGCAUCCGGAUUUGAAAUUCAAUUAUAAUGCGGAGGCUUCGUAUGACUUCAGCAGCAAUGAUCCGUUUCCGUACCCGCGCUACACGGACGACUGGUUCAACAGCCACGGCACGCGCUGUGCAGGGGAGGUUGCGGCUGCCAGGGACAACGGAGUUUGCGGUGUCGGCGUGGCAUAUCACUCUAAAGUUGCUGGUAUCAGAAUGCUAGACCAGCCUUACAUGACGGAUCUGAUCGAGGCGAACUCUAUGGGCCACGAGCCCCAUAAGAUCCACAUCUACAGCGCGUCAUGGGGUCCUACCGACGACGGGCGGACGGUGGACGGUCCACGUAAUGCCACCAUGCGGGCUAUUGUCAGAGGAGUCAACGAGGGUCGCAAUGGCUUGGGCAACAUCUACGUGUGGGCAAGUGGAGACGGCGGGGAAGACGACGACUGCAAUUGUGAUGGAUAUGCUGCUUCCAUGUGGACUGUGUCCAUCAACAGUGCGAUCAACGACGGGCAGAACGCUCACUACGACGAGUCGUGCUCCUCGACGUUGGCGAGUACGUUCAGCAAUGGCGCCCGGGACCCCAGCACGGGCGUCGCCACCACUGACCUGUACGGAAAGUGCACCGCCACACAUUCCGGCACCUCUGCCGCCGCGCCUGAAGCCGCUGGGGUAUUUGCCCUCGCGCUGCAUGCUAAUCCAAACCUGACCUGGCGCGAUAUUCAACAUUUGACGGUGCUGACUUCCAAAAGGAACUCGCUUUACGAUGCAAAGGGCCGAUUUCACUGGACCAUGAAUGGCGUAGGGCUGGAGUUUAACCAUCUGUUCGGGUUUGGGGUGCUGGACGCGGGGGCAAUGACUGCCCUGGCCGCCAACUGGCGCUCUGUGCCUCCUCGGUACCACUGCGAAGCUGGCUCCGUGAACACUCAUACUGAGAUCCCAUCAGAGGGCAGCAUCACAUUGAAGAUCGACACUAAAGCGUGCGCUGGCUCACCGAGCGAGGUGCGCUACCUAGAACACGUGCAGGCUGUCGUCAGCGCCAACUCCACCAAGAGAGGGGAUCUGGAGUUCUUCCUCACCAGCCCUAUGGGCACUAAGUCCAUGAUACUAAGCCGGCGCGCCAACGAUGACGACUCACGGGAUGGCUUCACCAAGUGGCCGUUCAUGACCACGCACACCUGGGGCGAGUACCCGCAAGGAGUCUGGACCCUAGAGGCUCGGUUCAACGGCGGCUCGGGCCCCAGUUCAGCAUCAGGCUGGCUCCGGGGCUGGUCGCUGGUCCUCCACGGCACUCGGGCUCCGCCCUACGCCCAGCUGCAGCCCCAAGACCCUCACUCCAAACUCGCCGUCGUCAAGAAGGCGCACGAAGACAAUGCACUCAACCGAAAGUAAACCACACGAUGAACGGGGUAAUAACAAUACGUCUAGGUUUUUUAAAGCUUCAACAACUCCAGAAACAUCUAGAUAGUUCGAAAAAGACAUUGUGAUACUUGAAUAACAUUGUCAGGAGCGCUCUGAUACGCUAUCUCCAUUCAUUUUCUAUUUAUAGCAAUCGUAGUAUGCGGGCCGCAUCAUGCGGCAUUAGGUUUGUUUAUGGCCACUUGCGAAAAGGUUUUUGGUAAGUAAAAAUAGUGUUGCAGGAUUUGUGAACACAACAUUGGUAAAACCAUCAAUUGAAACGGAUUCGGUGGGUUAGCAUCACUAUUAACGUCAACCAAGGUUACAAUGUUGCGAAACUAGUGCCGUUAAAGUAAAAAAUAAUUUAUUCGAUUCGGAGUGAAACUAAGAACUGGGGGGUUAAAAUGGUCACAUCGAAGCAAUUCAUCUAAGAAAGCAAUAUUGCUAUUUGACAUUUGUUUGCAGUGCGCACUUACUUUUAUAUGCGCAAAUGUCAAAUUGCAACAUUGCUUUCUUAGAUGAAUUGCUUCGAUGUGGCCAUUUUAACCCCCCUGAACGAGCGUCUCUGUUUUAAACGGUUAACUAAGAAAGUAAAUUACAUUUAGAUAAAGAUCAAAAUCAAAUGUAUCCAAAGAAAAUUAAAAAGUAAUAGUAACACAAAGGUUUGAUGGUAAAUAAAACAAGUCCGAAAACUUAUUGGGGGAAUGGUAAGGAAUUUUAUAAUUGAUCAAUUUUUACAAUGAAGGAUAAUUAUAUAAUUAUAUAUGUAUACUUGAGAGUAUUAACAGAUUGUAGAUAUUGGAAAGGAUAGAGUAUUGUUAUUAUUUCGUUUUAAAACAAAAAAAUGCAAGUUUCGUUCAACGUCAUUAAGAUCUAUUGGUGUUGAGCGAGAGUUGUGACGUCAAUGGAAUUUGAUUACAACAUGAUACUAGGAAUAGGAACAUUGACAAGAACUUCUUCUUCUCUUUCUAAUCCUUUUAUCCCCUGAUGAGACGUAGGGCUCGAAUAAGAGAUUUCCACUCCUCGCGAUCUUGUAGCUUCUCUGUAGCUUGCUCUCAAGACAUGCUGAGAGUUUUGAACUCGCGGUCAACCGAGCGUCGCCAGGUCUCUUUGGGCCGCCCCCUUUUGCGAUUUCCACGCGCACACUAGGUCAGAGCUCGUCGGACGGGUGUUCCAUAGGUCUUCUACGGACAUGACCAAUCCACCGCCAUUUCCGUGUCAUAUCAGCUUCCACAGUAUUUUGCCCAGUCAUCUUUAAUAAGAACAAUACCUGAAUAACUAAGAAUGUACCGGACGGUUACCAGAAAGGAGGAAAAUCACACCCAGGGACUCCAUACAAAAUUCUAACUUUUAUCGCGUCCCGCUAUGCUGCGUAAGUUCGAGUGAGUAAGGCAUACAGUUCGCUUCUGCUCCCCCUUACUCUUAGGGGCUUAAGGUCAUUUAGACUAAAGUAAGACGGACUCAGAGGGAGUGAGGUAAAUUUAGCUCGGAGACCAAUACGAAUUGGUGCGGGCGGAGAGUUACCGUUCUAUAAGUAUUAGCUAUUCUUUAUUCUAUGCUAAUAGGUGAAGUAUCGGCUCAAUAACACAUAAAUCUUGAUGAAAUUGGUAGCUUGAAAGGUACAAAUUCGCUGAAAAUUAAGCAAAUAACAUCUUGAACGAAUAAAGAAUGUCUUAUAUAAUGUUCCUAUUUCUAGUAUCGUAUUUGAAAAACUGAAUUUACCCUCUUGAAAUAGAUAAAGCAACACAGUUCGUUGCCCCUUAAGUAAACGUAUUAUUUUCACUAGAAACAAUUUUAAAUAUAUUAUGUCUACCAAGACAAGUGAGAAUUACAUCUCUACCUCACUAAGUUUAGAGUCCAGUCUGUAUUCAUUCAUCAAAUGAUUUAAGAUUGCUAGACGACGUUUGUUAUAGAUUAGAAUCCAAUAUUUGUUUUUUUGGAACAAGGAGAAGAAUUGUUGGUUGGAAUAAUUCUUUUCCCAACGAUGAAAAAAUGGUUUCUCCGGCUGAAGAAUUUCUCUUCUUUCGUAGACACCAAAAAAAGUUUACAUCUAAAUAAAAGGGACUAUGGAUAGGACAGUGUUUCACCACGAAUACUUUCCUAUCUAUUUACUCAACCAAUUAUUUGGAUGUAAGAGAACAACUAAAAGAAAUCGCCACGAGAAGCUCGAUGCAAACUGUAGUAACUUAAAUAUUUUUAAUUUUGAAGAUCUCAAACAAAUCCGGAAACUGCUUUUUGUGACGAUUUCAUUAAUUAUAAAUAUAUUUUUCGAAAUAUCUUUGUCAAAAUUUAUUUCGUUUUUUCAAGUCUUCUCUAGUGUCUAUAUAUACCUACCUUAUUUUGUGUGUUUUUUUAACUAUUCUUUGAGCAUAAAAUAUGGGUAGAUAUUUCUCAUUUUAUUUAUUACCUAGAAUAUACGGGUACAGUUUUAUUAUUUAUUCGUACAAAUAUAUUCACAUUUACGUAUUAUCCAUUAAAGUAGCUUGUAUUUCACUUAUUGCUUGAUUUCAUUUUAAUUUUUGUAGUAAAUUUUGUUCACUUUCCCUUUAAAUCAACAUUCUGACCAUGCCAAACAUAUCAACUUUUGAAAUAUGCAUUCGCCGAAAUACUAAUAAACUUUAUUCACAUAUUAAUUUUAUUACAUAGGAAGGUGAACAAGACUUCACGCAUUUAAAUUACCUAAUUUUAAGCAUUUUUCAUUUAAUUUCUAGUCAUGUUAGUACUAUCAUUGUUUAUUGAGUACCUACAGUUUUUUUUAUAAUUGAUUGAGUACAUUAUUUAAUAUCAUAAUUUAAAUUUAGAUUUCUUUGAUUUAGAAAAUUCAAAUGGACUUCAUUUAACCCAGCUAAAUUAAGUUCAUUUGAAUAUUUUCGUUUUCAUAGCACACCCCCUUCUCGUGUGCCGUGGAGAUAUGUUAGAGGAUAUACAAAGAAUAUAUUAGAGAAAUUAUCGUUAUCAAAUAAGAUUAAUAAAGGUAUUUAUGUAACAAUUAAAGAACUUCCUUUUGGGCCCAGCAACAGUAAAUAUGGUUAUUAUUAACAGCCUCUUUAUAUCUAUUUUCUUAAAGAGAUGAAUUUAUUAAAUACACAAAUAAAACAUU